ACGACUAACGCGCGCACUAUACCACAGCGUCACAAUCGAACACGUCCAUCUCGACAAAUCAACAACAUGGUUUAUCAUGAAACUCGAUUUUUUCCUACUGCCGCACCGCUGUAAUGGCUUACCAGUUUUCCUGCUGGUAAUUUCGAUAUUUAUUUCAACGACGAAAGCCCAGGUCUCCAGACAGGUCCGUGAGAGCGAGCAAGGAUCAUCCAUAAUUCUGAACUGCAACGAUGUAUCUUUGCAAAACACGAGUGUAUCCUUGCUUCACAAGACCCCGGAGGGAGUCCAAUACGAAGUUUUACCGGACAAAACUAGAAUCGCCAAGAUAGGAGGGGUGUUCCACAUACUUGACCUCAGCCCUCUUGACAGCGGAACUUAUUCCUGUAAGGGGCUUGACGAAAAGGGUGUACAAAAAACCAUCGAGAUCGCUGAACUUGUGGUUAAACGACACGCUGCGGAUAAGAUUCCGCCCGGAAGUAAACCAUAUAUUAAAUUCAAGACACCGCCUUUGAUAACGAUACCAAUUCAGAGCCCAAACCUUACAGUCAUAGGCAUUGAAGUCAAGGGUUUACGACCUGUGCAGGUUCGCUGGCUGAAAGGAGACAUGGAAGUUGACGGUCAACAGAGGAGAUUUUACAUCAAUGAAGCCAUGGACCUUGUCUUGAGCCCACCUUACUCACUGUCGGACAGCGGAAGCUACGAAGUAAUGGCGUGUAACCUGGUGGCGUGUACGAUGAGGGGAAUACAAGUCUACAUACAAAAAUCAAAAGAAAAGCGAAAGCCAAAGGAGUCUAUCUUUGCGGGAACAUGGGUGACCCGUGAGAAUCUUCUUUUCGCCCUCGGUGCUGCUACUCUGACUGGUAUUGCAAUUCCUGCCGGAGUCAUCCUCGUGACUAAAUGGAAGCGAGAGAAGCUUGCAAGAAGACUUGAGAGAGAAUCUAAAAAGGUUGCAAAGCAGAUGGGAAGAGGGAACGGCGAGACGGUGAGUCAGCUUUGGGGCUGGAAAAACGCACAGGAAGAGGAGAAUCAUUCAAAUUCACACCAGCUGGACUACGAUGAUAUAGAAGCUGUAAAGAGUAAAAAAGUGGCAAAGAAAGCGAGAAAAAAGAGCCAUAAACAAGAAGAGUCCAUACCAGGGAGACUAAGCGUGGAAAACAUCUACGAGGAUCUACCGUUGGAUUAUCAAGUUUCGUCAGUACAACCAAUUUAUGAGGCUUCACCAACAACACCACCUCCACCCCCACCACCAGUACCACCGCCAACCGCGCCGCCACCAGUACCACCGCCAACCGCGCCGCCACCAGUACCACCGCCAAUGUAAUCUUAGCCAAAGCUCCUACUUAUAUCCCAAUGGCUAUCACCACACCACUAGAACAGCGCCCUCUUGUUACCAACAAUAUGUAGAACUUUUGAUUAGAAGAAUAAUAAAAGGUAAAAAAACAA